UGCUCAGAGGAAAUUACGCAAUAUCAAUCUUAAUUCAAAAAGAUUUAAACUGUAUGAGGAAGCUUUAAAUAAGAUAACGUUUCGAGUUAUAAAGUGAUUUUCAUAGAAUUAUAAAGACUUAUCUUGUUAACAAUGAACAUGAUUUUAACUGUGGGAAUAUUAGCUGUGUCAUUGACAUCCGUUGUGCUUGGUCAGGGCCGAACACUUAGUGAUGUGGAGUACUACUGUGGCAACAAACCUGCGGACGUCGUCUUCCUCCUAGACACGUCCAACAGCAUCUGGGGACCCGACUUCACGCGUCAGCUCGCCUUUGUCAACAACGUCAUCAGCAUGUUCAAGAUCGCGAGCAAUGUUACUAGAGUCGGUAUAACAACAUUCAGUUCCCAGGUUCACCGCGAGUUCUAUCUGAACUCGUACUUUAGCAAGGAUAGCAUGCGUAGCCGGGUGUCCAGCAUCCGCCAGACCCGCGGCUACCACACCAACACCGGUCUCGCCAUCUGGCACAUGAGGCACCGCAUGUUUUCCCCGAGGCGCGGGUCAAGGCCCGACGUCGCUAAGAUUGGCAUCGUGUUGACGGACGGCCAGUCCUCCAGUAUCGGUAAGACGUUAAUGGAGGCAAAGCGCACCAAGCGGAAGAAGAUCACCAUGUUCGCUAUCGGAAUCGGCAGUAAUAUCAACGAGCGAGAACUACAGGGGAUUGCCAGUUCCCCGUCCUCCGAAUACGUGUUUAAGGUGGACGGAUACUCUGCGCUGGACGCCAUCAAGAACAGUCUUGCCGUUAGGACGUGCAGAGUUACAACACAAGCACCAUCAACGACAACAACGACAACAACAACAACUACGACAACAACAACAACAACAACAACAACACCAUCAACCACCACUUCUCUUUACGAUACCGCUCAGAGAGUAUGCGCGGACAAGCCGAUGGACGUCGUGUUCGCCAUCGACUCCUCUGAGAACAUAGCAGACAAGGACUACAUCCGCCAGGCGGAGUUCUUUACCAAGAUUGCUGAGGCCUUCAGCAUUCAUCCGGAAAAGACACGCGUUGGUUCCCUGCUGUACAGCGACCAGAUCCAGGAAAUGUUUGAGGUGGUUGACUACGAUUCGUUGGAUGGCGUCCGGAAGGGGAUGGGUACACUGGGGAUGACGGCCGGUGGAAGUCGGGUGGACCUUGCCCUCAAGCAUAUACUCACCAAAAGCUUUAGGCGAUCGUACACACGGCCGGGGGCGUCCCAGGUUGGAAUCGUAUUAACCGGAAGUCCCGCCCGUUACCUCGAGCUCUCCAAGGCGCUCGUGCAUAAGGCUGACCGCGCUGGCGUUCAGUACAUUGCCGUCGGCGUAGGACCGGAAGUGAAUGAUGAAGAGAUGCGGAUAAUCACCGGCUCCAAUGAUGAGCACAUAUUCAGAUUGAGCAGCUUUGAAGACCUUGAAAAUAUCGUAGCCGAAGUCGCUAUUCAGGCGUGUUCAGUUCCGGUGCCUCCCCAGACAAUUCAACAAGAUCAACCCUGCGGUAGCAAACAAGAGGCCGACAUCAUGUUCUUAAUGGAUAGUGUCAACGCCGGAAAGCGAAACUCGAGAAAGGCGCUUGACUUCAUCAAGGUCCUGAUCCAGGAGCUAGACAUUGAGAGCGACAACAUCCACGUGGGACUCAUGUCUGCGGAGUGCGAGGAUAACGAGCCCGGCUUCGAGCUUGGAGCCCAUUCUAGUAAAGCGGAGAUUGAGAAGACGUUUGACACCAUGAAGGGGACGGACUUCCACAAGAUUCUACACAACAUGCGGCGCGGCUCAUUCAGCAGGAGCGGAUCCCGGAAGCAUGCGAAGAAGAUCGCCAUCCUGAUCAUUGACGGAAGCCUUGAAGAGCCACUCAAGACACUCACUGAAGCACAGAGGGCCAGGAUUCACGGCAUCGAGGUCUUCGUCAUUCAGGUAGGCGAGGAAGCGCCCCAGGAGGAGCUGCUGAUGAUGUGUGACGACCCUUCCAGCCAACACUUUUUCCAGGUGGCCUCCUACGCUGACCUUCAACAGGUCAAAGACGGAAUCCUUAAGUCACUAUGUGAUGAACUUUGAGAGAUGAACGUUGUGAUUCAUGUAAAUAAAGAAGCUUGUCUGUGAUAAACAUUGCGACGAAUCGGGAACCCGGAGCAGCCCGUUCCCUGGAAAUACCCGUUCCCGAUCCCCUUGACACGCCCUCGCCUAGUGCGAGGGGCAGAACUGUUCGGGCGUCCGAGGGCGCUAUACUCUUUCUGCUAGUUGCGUUCCAUACUUGCUACAAUCGCCACAAUUGUACAAGAACAAUGACCAUCAAUACUUUUCAUGGAGGGUCGAAAUCAUAGACCACCUUCAGACUUGGAGGGUCGAAAUGGUACCCCAUCUCGAGAUGAUUUGGAGGGUCUAAAUAGUAUACCACCGCGAGGCUUGGAGGGUCGAAAUUGUACACGAACGCCAGACUCGGAGGAAUUAGAGAAGAGCCAUGAGAUACUUGACAAUGUUUACCAUCCUAGUUUCUCUUCCUGGUGCUAUUACGAGUUAUUCCGAUUACACAACUCGAGUUGACACUGCUCCAAUCUAGGAUAAAGCGCCCGAAGACGCCCUUGUGUUUCCCUAUGUACAGUGUUGGAAAAUGGUAUCUUUAUCAAAAAACAUAAAACAGUCUGAUUUCAUAUUUGACGCUACUGUAUGCUUGUGAAUUAGCCUUAAAGCUUAUGAACACUUUUUUAAAAUGACCAGUUACAUAUCAUAUUGAAUCACAAAUAUGUACUUUGCCGAUCUGUUUAAACGAUUUGCAUUUUAUCAGUGUUAUUAUUUACGUUUGCAAUUCAAAUAUUUUCUGCUGUGGCGGGUUUCAAUUUUAUUUAACAUAAAACAUGUACUAUUUUAAAGCAUUUGACGCUAUAGGCUUUCCAAUAUAAUCACUGCCAAACAGAUUGGUUGUAUUGACUAUAAUUAGAGUAAACCACGGUGACAAAACUCAUUUUUAUGCUACAGAACGGUCCAAGGGUAAAUGGAUGUAAAUAGUCUUAUAGUAUUUUGGACAAUCAUGUAUAUUUAUAAAUAAGAAUUGCAAUUUAUUAUUUAAAUUCGCUUUUAGCUUGUCGAUUUUCUAAGGAAAAGGGUCAAGAUAAUGUCAUAGCCUUGCUGUUGGUACCAUCGUCGUAGUGCAGAUAUUUUAACCUUGGUCAAAAAUGAUAAAAACAACUGUGCAAGAUAUUGAAAUGGAACUUGGUACACAUGUUGCCAGGGACGAUACACGUAUCCACAGAAAGGUCCAUAACUAUGGGGGGUUUUUAGAACUAUUGACUCGUGCCCCUUUUCCCCUAAAACGUAACAGACAAGUGUAGGCGUUCGCUUUUUUAUGGUUAUGUAUUUAUCAUUGUGUUUUUAUUUUCGAUUGUAUGACUUAUACUCUACAUGUAUAUUUCAUUUCGUUUGUUUGAAUAUUAACGCUUGCAGAGUUUUUGGCAUUCUUUCUUUCAGUUGUUUGUGAUUUAAUCAUCUUCAUCCAUCCAUACAUUGUUAAGCUUUUCUACUGUUUGUGCAAUAUGUGAUAAUGAUAUGAUUUUGUACAAUAUGUAAGAAAUGAAAGUUUCGCAACAAUAGAACGUCUUGAGUUCGUAUCCUGGACACCUCUAAAUGCAAUCGAUACACCGCGGUAUUACGAAGCUUGCAGGAGAUGGCAAAGUUGUUACGAUUGCUCAAAACAGUAUAAUGAAUUAUACCUUAGUCACACUAGCACCUUAUUCUCCCGACAUGCUGCAGUAUAUGACGAGAUGGAACUCGGCAAACAUGACAACGAAAGGCCAGGAGUUGUUUGAGAAAAAUGUGGCCAAAAUGUGUAUGCAGUAUUUAUUUGGGAUAAAUGUAAAAGAGUUAAACGAAAUCUUACGAGUUGUUUCGACGUGAGUGCGAAGCGCCUCCAAUGCUUUACCGACAUUAUUGUGGAAAUGCACUCGAAAAUGUAGGGCUUUUGUACGAUUACACUCGAGUUACUGCGGGUCGGACGCGUUUAUAAGAGUUAAGUACAGUUAAAGGUUCAUGUUUUUGCAUUGUGAUUCGAAAGACUGAGUCAUGAGUACGGUGUGAGUACGGGUUAGUGAGAUAUGUUGCGAGUUCAUUCAUUGGCGUAGUUUAACGUAGACAAUUUAGGCAUAGAUCUGCGCAUACUUGUUAUAACGCUUAUUUAAGAGACCACAAAUGCAUACACAGACUACUAGCGAGUCUCCUGAUGAAAUUUCUGUAAAACAGCAUAAUAUAACAUGGCAGAAAUAAUACACAGUGUGGCUGAGACAUAUUUAUUCUGCUCUCUUUUUGACCAAAGACAAACUGCAACAAUUUCUUACGUCAAGACUAUGAAAGCAUUUCGUUAGUAACAUCGGACAUAACUUCAUUUUAUCUUGAUCAAUGUUAUAAACGACAAGAUGUGAUCGGAUGUAGUCGCGAAAAUAAUGCUGCCGUACGCUGUUUACGUUCAAGCUGCAUCUGGCAAAACCUAUCAGUUCAUGUGAAAGGAUGACCACCCCCAAAACUCCGCUUUCCUUGCGAUUAUGUAGAUUCCAUUUGCGUUUACCUCACACGAACCUUAUCAUACAUAGACUGUAGACAUGACCUAUUUACCGAAUACACACUGUCACCUUUAACUACAAAGUACACGCACCUGCCGUAACACUUAAAACGUAGAUCAAACGUACACGUACGCGUACGCGUAGCGAACUAGAGCUUUUUUCUUAACCUGUAUGAUAAACACAUAUUAGCGAUAUUUUGGUGCUUUUUUACCUUGCUAAUUUGAGGCCACGCAGCUAAUUAUUGAAAACCCUUUUUAUGAAGGCUACUAUUUUUCGAACUGUACACAACUCACACGCUUUUUUAUCAUUAAAGUCAAAUAAGUUAUACGUUAUAUUGCAUUUGAAUAAAACCUAAAUAAAUUUUUGGCAUCAG